AUGGGUAUUAGUAGAGUUCUAUUAGUUGUUUUCUCACUAGUUCUUAUUCUUGGCCUAGUUGAAAGUUUCGAUUACCAUGAGAAAGAUUUGGAGUCGGAAGAAAGGCUCUGGGACUUGUAUGAGAGAUGGAGGAGCCAUCACAGGGUCAGCCGCGACUUGAAAGAGAAACACAAGCGUUUCAACGUAUUUAGAGCCAAUAUCCAACAUGUUCACGAAACGAACAAACUGGACAAACCAUAUAAACUUAAACUGAACAAGUUUGCAGAUAUGACAAGUCAUGAAUUCAAGAGCUCUUACGCUGGUUCCAGAGUCAAGCAUUACAGAAUGCUUCAUGGUCCUCGUAAAACUACUUCGUUCAUGUACGAAAACGUCAGCGAUCUCCCGGCAUCCAUUGAUUGGAGGAAGAAGGGUGCAGUCACUAGUGUCAAGGACCAAGGCCAAUGCGGUAGUUGCUGGGCUUUCUCGACUAUUGUUGGUGUUGAGGGUAUAAACCAGAUCAAGACGAAUAAGCUUGUAUCUUUGUCCGAACAGGAGCUAGUCGAUUGUGAUAACACUGACAAUCAAGGCUGUAACGGUGGAUUAAUGGAAAACGCACUAGAAUUCAUCAAACAAAAUGGAGGGAUCACAACCGAACAAGACUAUCCAUAUGUAGCACAAGAUGGGACCUGUGAUGCUAACAAGGAGAAUGCUCAUGUCGUGACGAUUGACGGACAUGAAAUGGUACCUGCUGGUGACGAGGAGGCUUUGAUGAAAGCUGUUGCUCAUCAGCCGGUAUCAGUUGCGAUAGACGCCGAGGGUACUGAUUUCCAAUUCUACUCCGAGGGUGUAUUCACUAGUCCAGAAUGUGGAAAAGAGCUUGAUCAUGGAGUGGCGAUAGUUGGGUAUGGAACAACGUUAGAUGGAACCAAAUACUGGAUAGUGAAGAACUCGUGGGGGCCUGAAUGGGGUGAGAAAGGUUACAUUAGGAUCGAACGUGGUGCACGUACCAAAGGAGGCCUUUGUGGUAUUGCUUUGGAAGCUUCAUAUCCGCUCAAAUCUUCUCCAAAUCCAACAACACCUCGUGCACGGUCUUCUGCUUCGUCCAUUAAAGAUGAACUCUAGAGUAGCCAUCAUGGUUAUCAGUCUGUCUUUUCAUAAGUGCAUGUAUUUGUUAUCACAAAUGUUAUGCCGAUAUAUGUAAU